CGCGAAAACCGAAAGAAUACUUAAGAUGUGGGAGAGUAUAAAUAUAGCUAACUAUUCUUUUUAAUACUAUUAUCAUGACAAUUCAAUAAUGUCAUUUGAAAACGUAUUUAUCACUGGUGCCACCGGGUACAUUGGCGGUGAAGCCUUGUAUCAAUUGUUGAACAAUAAAGAAGGGAGAAAAUUCAACAUCACGGCUUUAGUUCGUAAUGAAGCCAAAUCCGAAAAGCUUCUUAAAGCAACCAAUCAUCAGGUUUCAACUGUAAUUGGAACUCUUGAUGAUACUGAAUUAUUCAAAGAACAAAUUUUGAAAAAUGAUGUUAUUAUUAACACCGCAGACGUUGACAAUGUCCCUCAUGCCCAAGUUUUACACGAUACCUUGAUCAAGAUUGAUAGACCAACGAUUUUGAUUCACACCUCGGGUACCUCAGUCAUUGGGGAUGACCUUUCGGCAGAUAAGAAUGCCACUACGAAGAUCUAUUCCGAUGUUAAGGAUAUUGACGAGAUUAACAAAUUACCAGAAAAACAGCCCCAUAGACCAGUUGAUAAAUUGGUUUUGGAUAUAGAAGAACAUAAUCCAAAAGUCAAGACGGUGAUCAUUUCGCCAUCUACCAUCUUUGGAUUGAGUGAUGGUUAUGAUAAGAUUACCUCUAUUCAAAUCCCUAUGUUGAUAAAUGCUUGCUUGAAAAGAGGUAAAGCUUUCAGUGUUUAUAAUGGCAAUUAUAUUUGGAGUCAUGUACACAUCAAGGAUUUGGGUGAUUUGUAUUAUCUCCUUCUAUCCAAAUUGACCACCGGUGACAAGUCUUUACCAACUGGUAAGAAAGGAUACUACUUUGGUGCUUAUACAUUGAAAGACGAAGGCAGUGUUACCACCAGAGCAAGUGCCAUUGAGCAUACCUGGGCCGAAGUAUCCAAGGUUGUUGCCCAAGAGCUAAAAGAGAGAAACUUGAUUGAAUCCGACGAAGUCAGUCAUGCUGAUCCCGAAGACGUUGUCAAGUAUACCUCUUUUGAUUUCGGUCCUUAUUUAUGGGGAACCAAUGCCAGAUCCAGAGCCGAUAAUGCUUAUGCUAUUGGCUGGAAGCCAAAAUAUUCCGACCCUAAUAGCUUUUGGGGCUCAAUUGGCCCCGAUGUCGAUCACGUAGUCAAGAGUGGUUAG